CCGUAGAAAAAACAUAACAAAUAUAGCGCCACAAUCUUUUACCAGGGGCAUAGUCAAAGUCCAGCUUGAGUUGUGCGCGGCUAUAACAAAUACUACAUACAAGACAGAGGAUCGCUCGCCCGCCUCCUUCUCAUUUCCGAGCAAGCCACCUGCGGCACGACAUUUGAGCAGGAUUCUGACGAGGGGCCUACAGGAGUUAUCUUCCAGCAGAAUGCCGAGCCAGCUUGAGGGUGCCAUGGGUGCGCUGAUAACGGUUUUCUACAACUACUCUGGGAACGAUGGAGAUAAACACAAGCUCAACAAGGGCGAGCUGAAGGAGCUGCUGCACAGCGAGCUCACAGACUUCCUCAUGUCUCAGAAAGAUCCCAUGCUGGUGGAGAAAAUCAUGAACGAUCUGGACACCAACAAAGACAACGAGGUGGAUUUCAAUGAGUUCGUCGUGUUGGUGGCGGCCCUGACCGUGGCCUGUAACGACUUCUUCCAAGAGCAGAACAAGAAUGCCAAAUAGACAUCUGGAAACAAAUGUAAAUCUCAAAUCUGCAGUUUAAUCACCCUCGUUUCAUAUGUGAUGCAUGUACAAUUAAGCCCGCAUUCUUUGAAGACUCCUUUAUCUGCUUGAAAUAAGAGUAGUUGCUAUUGCUAAUUAGCUCUGUGACAUUUCCCUUGAAAAACAUUGUCGUCAUCUGAAACUGUGUCUGUAUCCCCUGAUUGUGUCCCAACAGAUGCCCCAGUCGACACGCUCUCCUUCUUCCUCAACUUUAAAUGUCAAAUGUAUAAUAUCUGAUAUUUUCCCUGAUGGUUCAUUAGGCAGGAAACAUUUUUCUCCCCUGUCAGUUUAGCUCUCAGCUCCCAGGAGAAAUGUUCUCCAACCCCUCUGUGCGGUGAAGCUAGAGUCAUGGAAAAAAGUGUACGUGUUUAGCAAUGCUCCCUUCUGCUGUAUGUUCCGGCUCUUGUUUAGAUGCUCGUUUCUUUCCAGAUGCUAUUUGUUUUUUGUUUUUUUUCUAAUAAAACUGUAUGGAUUUGACUUCAGUUCCAAUUUAUUCUUGAAACCUGCUGUGUUCACGUUAAGCCUUGUCAGUAAAGUUGUCUGCCAUUUGCUGAAAAAACAGAA